AUGACAGCAGAGAAACUUCGCAUCGGCUAUAUUCCUGAACAUUUCUCGACACCCCUACACUUCGCAAUCAAACACUUUGGCCUCAAGGCGGAUAUCAAGCCGUUCCCCACGGGUACCGGUGCUCUCACGGCAUCACUCAAAGACGACAGCAUUGAUGUCGCGAUUGGAUUGACCGAAGGAUUUGUGGCCGACUUGGGCAAGACAAAUGCAAAGCAAGAGACGCCGGCGUAUAAGCUGGUAGGAACAUACGUGGAGAGUCCGCUAUGCUGGGCUAUCAGUGUUGGCAACAAGAGCUCGAUCAACAGUGAAGAUGACUUGAAUGCUAAGAGAGUUGGCGUCUCGAGAAUUGGCAGCGGGUCAUAUGUCAUGUCAUAUGUUCUUGCCGACCAGAAGGGAUGGCUGGAAAAGUCAAAGUCUCCCUUUGAAGUAGUGCCUCUCGGAGACUUCAAAGCUCUUCGAGACGGUGUCAAUGCUAGAGACAAAGCCGACUUCUUCAUGUGGGAGCACUUCACAACGAAAAAGUACUAUGACAACGGCGAGCUGAAGCGCGUAGGCGAAAUCUACACACCCUGGCCUAGCUGGAUGAUCGCAGCAAGAGACGCUACAGAUAAGAAGCUGGAAGUCAUGGCAGAGAAGCUGAACCAAGGAGUUGCAUGGUUCCGCGAGCAUCAAGAAGAGUCGGUCGAGCACAUCACUGGUACCAUGGAGUACUCGCAGGAGGAUGCCAAUGCAUGGCUAAAGACGGUCAAGUUUGCCGACAACGUCAGAGGUGUAGAUUCUGGCGUGGUCGAGCACACGAUCAGCAUCCUGCAAAAGGGCGGCGUUUUGGAUGACAAGAACGGCGGCGUCAAGGGCAUGGUGGCCAUCAGUCGCUCUGAGAGAGGUCACUGA